CCCCUCACGGCCCCCCCGCCCCCCCCGCGCUGUUUUCGCUCCCGUUUCCUUCCGCCGCCGCUUUUGAAAUUUAAUUUUAUUUUUAUUUUUCCUCUUUCCGGAACCGGGAGGAAAUUUAAAAACUCCCCGCGAGUCCCGGGAUGAGCGGCCGGAACCGGCCGGGCCUGCGGCGUCCAUGACAGGAGGAGCCGGGAGCCGCCCUCGGAUCCGGAUCCGGCGCUCGGGUGCUCCCGGCCCCGCAGGGUCCCGGGGGGGCUCCGGUGACCCCGGGGGUCCCCGAGGGGGGCGGGGCCACCAUGAGUGAGGCGCUGGUGGUCAAGGAGGGCUGGCUGCACAAGAGGGGCGAGUACAUCAAGACGUGGCGCCCCCGCUAUUUCCUGCUCAAGAGCGACGGCUCCUUCAUCGGCUACAAGGAGCGGCCGGAGAGCCCCGAGCUGGCCCUGACCCCCCUCAACAACUUCUCCGUGGCCGAGUGCCAGCUGAUGAGGACGGAGCGGCCGCGCCCCAACACCUUCGUCAUCCGCUGCCUGCAGUGGACAACGGUCAUCGAGAGGACCUUCCACGUGGACACGGCCCAGGAACGGGAUGAAUGGCUCCAGGCCAUCCAGGCCGUGGCCUCGGGGCUCAAGCUCCGCCCGCCGGCCCCGGAGCCGCCCGAGCUCGAGGGAUCCCCCGGGGACGGAGAGAGCGCCGGGAGAGCGCGCGGCAAAGUGAGCAUGGCAGACUUUGAUUACCUGAAGCUGCUGGGCAAGGGCACCUUCGGGAAGGUGAUCCUGGUGCGCGAGAAAAGCUCCGGGCGCUGCUACGCCAUGAAAAUCCUGCGCAAGGAGGUCGUCAUUGCCAAGGACGAGGUGGCGCACACGGUGACCGAGAGCCGGGUGCUGCAGAACAGCCGGCACCCCUUCCUGACCGCUCUCAAGUACGCCUUCCAGACCAGCGACCGCCUGUGCUUUGUCAUGGAAUACGCCAACGGCGGGGAGCUGUUUUUCCACCUGUCCCGCGAGCGCGUGUUCCCGGAGCCGCGGGCUCGGUUCUACGGCGCCGAGAUCGUCUCAGCCCUCGAGUACCUGCACUCGCGGGACGUCGUCUAUCGCGACAUCAAGCUGGAGAAUCUGAUGCUGGACAAGGACGGGCACAUCAAGAUCACGGAUUUCGGGCUCUGCAAGGAGGGGGUGACGGACGGGACCCCCAUGAAAACUUUCUGUGGCACCCCCGAGUACCUGGCGCCCGAGGUCCUGGAAGACAACGACUACGGGCGCGCCGUGGACUGGUGGGGGCUGGGCGUGGUCAUGUACGAGAUGCUGUGCGGGCGCCUCCCGUUCUACAGCGCCGACCACGAGCGGCUCUUCGAGCUCAUCCUGCUGGGGGAGCUGCGGUUCCCCAAAUCCCUGGGGCCCGAGAGCCGCUCCCUGCUGGCCGGGCUGCUCAAAAAGGACCCUAAGGAAAGGCUGGGCGGGGGCCCGGGCGACGCCCGCGAGGUGAUGCAGCAUCGCUUCUUCGCGGGCAUCGAUUGGCUGGACGUGGUGCAGAGGAAGCUGGUGCCGCCCUUCCGGCCGCAGGUGACGUCGGAGGUGGACACGCGGUACUUCGACGAGGAGUUCACGGCGCAGAGCAUCACGGUGACGCCCCCCGAGAGAUGUGAGCUCCUGGACUCUCCGGACUGCGACCAUCAGACGCAUUUCCCACAGUUCUCCUACUCGGCCAGCAUCCGCGAGUGACACCUGGCACACCUGGGGGCACCUGGGCACACCUGGGCACACCUGGGGGCACCUGGGGACAGCUUGGACACACCUGGGGACACC